UACGUUAUUUUUAGGGCUGUGGGACGCGUCUGUGUCCCAUGGAGAUAUGACUAUAAAAAAGUUUUUAAAAGGUUUCUAUAAUUUGGUCUAACUUUAAAAAUUAUGGGCUAUUCUUAUUUAUGUAGCCACAACAAGCAAAAAUAACAAAAAUAAAACAAUUCAUUUUAUUUUUCAUACAGAGGGACAGCUCAGCCAAAGAGGGUAAAUUGCUGUUGCUGGUUGCUGUUGCUCGGCCCACCAAAUUCUUGUUUUAAUGAGCUAUUUCAUAUUCAACAACCACGUGGAGACUUGAAGGGUCUUAGGGACUGUUUCGGGGCUUGGCCAAAAUUGUGGGGCUGUACUUCGUUUUUUUUUGUUUUUUUUGGGUGGGGUGGGGUUGUAAAGUUCAAUUUUUUUCUACUCUGUAACUGAGGGGUAGCGAGCAAUAUCGUUGAGCCUAAAGUGCUGUCAUAUAGAGACAGUCUAUCUUUAGAUACGGGAAUGGAUACCAAACGCGAAGAUCGAAUGAAUGGAGUCUCAGCAGCCGAGAAAAACCCUGAUGUACAGUCAACUUCAAGUUCACAGGUUGUUUGCGGAGGAUAUCAAAGGAGACUUCGUAGCUGUAUACCGGUGAAUUACAAAGAAGAAACGCUUCAGAUAAUGAAAUUAGCUGGACCAGUGUUUAUUUCACAGUUGAUGAUCUUCUUGAUCAGUUUUAUUAGUACUGUAUUCUGUGGGCACUUGGGAACAACAGAGUUAGCCGGUGUCGCUCUGGCCAUAGCUGUUAUUAAUGUCACAGGUGUGUCGAUUGGUGCAGGGCUGGCAUCAGCCUGUGACACAUUGAUUUCUCAGACAUAUGGAAGCAAUAACCUGAAGAGGGUGGGGGUGAUUCUGCAGAGAGGGAUCCUUAUCCUCCUGCUGGCCUGUUUCCCCUGCUGGGCAAUACUGGUCAACACGGAGGCCAUCUUACUGGCGGUCAAACAGAGCCCUAGGGUGGCCAGCCUCUCACAGCUGUAUGUGAAGAUUUUCAUGCCUAGUCUGCCUGCUGUUUUCAUGUACCAGCUGCAAGCAAAAUACUUGCAAAAUCAGGGCAUUAUAUGGCCUCAGGUCAUAGCAGGGGCUGCUGGUAACAUCCUGAAUGCUUUGAUAAACUAUAUCUUCCUCUAUUUGCUUAAUCUGGGAAUACCUGGAUCUGCAGCAGCGAAUUCUAUUUCUCAAUGUGCCUUGGCCAUGUUUCUUUACAUAUACAUCCGCUGGAAGGGUCUACACAAGGCCACCUGGGAUGGCUGGUCUUGGGACUGCUUACAAGAGUGGGGUGCUUUCAUUCGCUUGGCCCUACCUAGCAUGCUAAUGUUGUGUGUGGAGUGGUGGACCUACGAGAUUGGAGGAUUCCUUGCAGGUCUCAUCAGUGAAGCUGAACUGGGUGCCCAGUCUGUUAUCUAUGAGCUAGCCACCAUUGCAUACAUGCUUCCUCUUGGCUUUGCAGUGGCAGCAAGUGUAAGAGUGGGAAAUGCCCUUGGAGCAGGAAAUACAGAUCAGGCCAUAAACUCCAGCAAAGUGUGCCUAUUCUGUGGAUUCAUGGUCUCAUGUGUAGUUGCUGCUUUAAUAAGUGGAUCCAAAGACGUUAUUGGAUACACCUUUACCACUGAUAUGGAUAUUGUGCACAGAGUUUCAGAAGUCAUGGUCAUGUAUGGCUUCAUUCAUCUGUUUGAUGCACUUGCAUGUAUUACAGGGGGUAUUGUCAGAGGUGCAGGAAAGCAACUGCUUGGUGCUCUGUGUAAUAUUGUGGGCUACUAUUUUGUGGGCUUUCCAAUUGGCGUGUCAUUGAUGUUUGCACUCAAUAUGGGAAUAAUCGGCUUAUGGACCGGUUUAUUUGUGUGUGUCUUUUUGCAGUCGGUUUUCUUCAUCAUUAUAAUUUGCAAACUAAACUGGAAAAAUGCAACUCAGCAGGCUCUGGUAAGAGCUGGUGUGCUGGCAGCUCAAAACAAAACUGAAUCCUACGCCAUUGAAAAUAUCCAGUGCACAGAAGAUGCAUCUCCGGAACUCCAGUUGGGUGAAAGAGACCAGGUUAAUGUCGACACUGAUCUGGAGGGCCAGGUGAAAAAUGAUGAAGGUGCUACAGAGGAUGAAACAGUCAUCACUGUGGGCAAAGUACUGACCACCAGGCAGCUAGUGGUCCGUCGAGGACUCGCUGUUCUCCUGAUGAUGCUCAUACUCAGUGGUGGAAUCUCCUUAAAUGAGGUUCUCACAAGCCUCCUCAGAUGAGCAGAGCCAAUAUCUCGGGACACAGGGAGUGUGGAAAUACUACCUUGUUUUUAAGACCGAGGGUCAGACUCUCUAGGAAGAUGAAAACAAGGAGUACCUUAGUCAAAGUAAAGAUUAAUGCCAAAAAUUUAACUUUGUAAAUACUUUAGUCAGAUCAUAUGAUGCUGAACAUUUGAGCCAAUGCACUUAAUAGAUCCUACAAGUUGUGGAAAAAUAAGCCAGAAAGCUGUUCAACUGGGAAACAAUGAAUUUUGCAUUCAGCCAUGUUUAAACUAUUGUUAAAUGUUUCAAUAUUUAAGACAUUUUUCUGCACUGCAAGUUUGAAUUAGAUCAAAAGCUAUAGGGGAUAGUUCACUACUAGUAGACAAUCAGUUAAUUUUCCAGUUCCCUAAAUAUAUGAAUAUAGUCUGUGUCGGAAUAAGUCAGGCAUCAUAGCUCAGGAUAACGAAUGAAAAUCUCCUGAAACAGCAGUUAUAUUUGCUAAUGCAGUAAAACCAUUAAAUCAUAGCUGUUUUAGAAGCUCUGAUUUUUGCACUCCUUCAGAUGAACUAUGCAUUUUAGGCACUUGCUGGAUAGAUGCUGGGGCCAGUAAUUGUAUAUGGUAAUAAUUUUAGGAGGAGGUGAGUGAUGUUUUUCCUCUUAAAUUUGUCAUUUUUGAAAUGUUGAAUGUGAUGUGAAUAAAUGCAAUAAAGAAAAUUUAAACUUGCUAUAUAUAGGGAGGAAAUGGCAAAUUUCCUUCAUUUACCAGUAAUAUUGGGAAAUGUCAAAGAUAGGUGUUUGCUAUGUAUAACACCCAUUAAGACUUUAGAGAGACCGUUGCAGUUAUUUUUCAUAAAAUAAGAUCUGAUGGGAUCUGACCAGAAGAUCAACAGAUGAAACUUGCUUUCAAAGUGGUAUAUAUAAAAACUAAAUUAUUUCAAAUUGAAUUUGUACUUUGAUUUUUACCAAAUUUAUUUGCUUUAUGUUUAAUAAAAGUCCAUACUAAACAA